AUGUCAUCUCCUCUGAGACUGUCAGAAAUAAGUGAGGUCAAAAUUGUCAAGAGGAACUAUAAGACAGACUUCAAUGAUAAGUUGUUCUUUGAUCUUCAAAGAAUGAUAGCAGUAGUCAAUGCAAUCACAAACACAUAUGCUGAGUUUCAGAAGAUCUGUGCUCAGACAGCUUACACUCUUCAGACAAUCAAUGUCACUUAG